CACUCAGACAAGCUUAGCAAUUCAUUUCAAGAUGAGGACAGUUGAGGUCUUUGUUGGACUCACCUUUCUCUUCUUUACCUGUGCAACAACUGAAGUGGAGUGGGCCUGUAGGGAUCGUUAUCUGUGGAUUCAUGUGACCUCCAGAUGGAUGGUCCAGUUUGAGGCUGUAGAUCACAAUGGUGUCCACGCCAUCAGCACACAGGUGGCCUCACGCUGUGGUUAUACCAUCAGCACCUUUAAGGCAGAUGGAUACACCACUUUCAGAGCUUCUUAUUACUCUUGCUUUACAAGUGUCCACGAUGAUCAAUCUUUCACCUUUCAAAUUAAUGUGAUGCUGAGUGAUGGUGGUUCUGAUUGGAUCGUCCGACCAGUUUCAGCCUUGUGUUCUGGUUUAAGAUGGAUUCACAGAGAGAUAGUAUGUGAGGAAGACUACAUGGAGGUGAAUGUGCAGCGAGAAGGUUCAUGUGAAGCUCAGCCAGGCCAAACAAGACAAGAGUGGCAGGCGGCCUUGUCCCAGGCUCAGAAGAUGGUAAACUCAGCUUCUGAGUUGAUGUUCCUGCAGGGUGACGGACAACUGACUUCCAUGUCAAUCCUGGAGGCAGUGAGUAGAGGUUAUAGUUUGACCCUGACUGCCAAGAGGGCGGUGCUUCGAUCCCCGUACAAAACUGCAGAGGCACAGUUGGUCACGGUAGAUGGUGUCCCAAUGGAAGUUGUCCGUGUGUCUCUGUUCUACAAGCAGCAGCUGAUGGUGAUGAUUAUUGACAUGUCCAUGGCCUGCACUGUCAAUUCUGGUUCUUUUGAUGGAACUCAGCUGGUCUGGGACAUCCCCCGAGUGCUAAGGCCUCUGCUUGAGGAAGAAGUUGCAUUCAAACACCUGGACCAUAGUCUGGGUGUGGAAGGAGUGAUGCUGGAUGAGCCUAGUGCUGCUGCUAGAGGUUUCGGUCUGGCUCAGCAAGAACAUCUGGUCCAAAUUUUGGUACCCUUUGGGGCUGAGGGUGGCUACAGAAAGAGUUUGGUGGUAGACAACAUGUACAAGGAGAAAUAUAUGAUCUCUCUUCUGUACGAGCAUUUGUUCUCAGUGACCUAUCAAGAUGGCAGCAGUGUUGAUACUAAACAUAGAAUCCACAGAGUGCUUGACACGCCACUGCUCUGCCGUCCACCCUUCAGCCUCGACCAGACAGCCACGGAUGAGCAAGUGUUCAUCAUCUACCUGGGAAAUAUUCCCGGAGAUGUCAUUUUAGAGGAAGUUUACAUCAAUGGGAAAAAGAAGUUGUUGGAGACAAACGAACGAGAAACUGUCAUCACUCCUGUCGUUCACCUUAAUGGCAGUCGAGCUUAUAAAAUCCAAACUCCAUUUUCAGAAGCUGUAGUUCAGAGGAUGUAUGUGGGCGAAAGUGUGGUCCAGUACUCCAUUGAUGUCAACUUCACUUUGACCAUCAUGCCUCAGAAAGACUCCUACUAUCAUCACACAUUUGUCACAGCUCAGGUCUUCAGUGCAUUGCCACCGGAGAUCACCGCUCAGUGUUCUGACCAAGGAAUCCUCUUCAAUGUCGUCACACCCCCUCAAGACGAGUCACUCUGGGAGGUGGGCGUUUACAAUGAGCCGCUGACUUCACAACUGGCAGCUCAAAGGGGAUACAAACUCCUACAUGAUGGACAUAAAACCAUCCUGUUGGUUCCAUUUUUUUCAAUAGGAUACACCUAUGAAGACAUCAACCUAUCUAACUUUCAUGGGACAUUUAAGCUGGUUCUCCGAAAUGCCAGAACUAUGGAGGUUCAGACUUCCACAGCCAAACACUGCCUUUUCAAAACCGAAGACAUGAUCGUCUGUUCUGCAGAUGGCACCAUGACUGUGGUGACAACCCCAAGGUCCACCUGGCCCACAUUGCAGCCUGAAAGAACCAGUCUACUAGAUCGCACUUGUAGACCCAAACAGAUUGACAUCAGUCGGGUCCUUUUUGAGUUCAAGCUGGACUCGUGUGGGACCAGGACCACGGUUGGAGAUUCUUUUGUGGUUUACGAGAAUGAGAUCCUACAUGACAGACAGCUUUUUGCAGAUGGACCUGCUUUCAUAUCCAGAGAUUCUCAGUUUAAGUUAACUGUCAGGUGCUUCUAUCCACUCAGUGGAAUCGACGGACUGUCAGCAGAUCGGGUCUUCAAAUCAGAAACUCCUGGCUUUGGUUCAAUCAAAGUCUUUGGAAGUCUUACAGAUUCAAUAAAUCUGGUCCCCACCCAUGACUGUUCACGCCAAGUUCCUGGAACUGCACCAAACGGCCAAUCAGAACCAGUUGAAGAGCCCAACCAACCCCGUGAAGCAAAAAGAGUUGAGCCCAUACCUGAUGUCACACUUUGGCCCAAACCUAGACCUAGCAAUUUAAUCACAAUACCAGAAGGCCAAAACCAGCAGUUUCAUAUAAAGUUCAACCUUCCUCAGGUUAAUAGGCACAUUCCAGCUCCUUCAGAAAAAUACAUGUACAACGACUCUGUCGCCAGUCUCUCUUUUGACAGAAUGUCAGUGGAUGACUUAAUGUCAGAUGUGAACAGAGUGAAAGGCUCAAGUCUGCUGCACCACUGGUUGCCUCGUGACCAAAUUAGCUUUAUGAAGCCAACUGAUCAUAGCCGGAAUAGAAAGAAGGAACCCAGUGAGACCCAACAGCCUUACAGUCCCUUUAGGAGAUUAGUAAGUUACCACCUGGAAAAGAGACCAGGCUACACUCCUGAAAUUCAUUAUGAACAUCCAGUCCUUCAAAUUCCUUCAGGAUUCAUCCAAACCCCGAUCAAGGUCGAUAACCAUUCUGUGAACAAUAUUUAUAAUGUAACAAUAGUUGACCUCAAACCACAGGAAACUGGGUCAAUUGAAAGAAAGUUUGAAGUACAAAACAUCAGAGUUAAACCUCAAAGAAGAUUAACUUCUGAAAUCCUUAGCCCGAAAGUCACUCUUUCACCAAGAUACAGUCCUUUCCUUGAUGACUCUGGUCCAAUGGCUGCCAGCAGCAAAAAGCACCAGACACCAAAACUCCCUGAACAUACAAACCAGUUUCUUCAACAAGAAAAACAGCAGCAGCAGCGUGUGGUGCAACAUAUAACAAACGCACCAUACAGUGGGGGAAAACCUUCGACCUUGAAAAAAGACAUUCAAAUAUCAUCUCGCACUACACUUGGACAUGACCUCAGAUUCUUUCCAUCAGACCAUAUGUCUGGCAAAGUACCAGCCAUUAACUUCCCCAUCAAGAGCAGCAAAGAGUUAAACACUGAAAGGAACAUUGGAUCCACGCGUUCUUUCGUAGGUUCUGAUGGGACCGGUGUAGACUUGAAGACCACUGGUGUGCAUGAUUGUCACGGAGUGUCUGGUCAGUACUUAGCCAGUAUUCACCGUGGUAUUGUGAGAGCGGCAUAAACAAGUUAUACCUCCUCAGAACGCUGAUCUAAUAAAAGCUGAUUUGUUGGAUUUCA